AUGUUUUAUGAAGGGGCUCAUCUAAAUUCUUCUUCUAACGGGACCGAUGAGGACUUACUGUCUCCGCAGCAUCUGGAGUGGAGCGACACUCCUGCUGAGCGACUGUCACGGACGGGGCACAAUGUGGUCGCCGUUAUUUUGGGAUCUAUAAUGAUUUUCGGUUUCCUGAACAAUUUAGUCGUUCUUGUUCUCUUUUGUAAAUUCAAAACUCUGCGGACUCCCGUGAACAUGCUCCUGCUUAAUAUCAGCGUGAGUGACAUGCUCGUGUGUCUGUUCGGCACCACGCUCAGCUUCGCUGCAAGUGUCCGCGGCCGGUGGCUGGUGGGGAGACACGGGUGCAUGUGGUACGGCUUCGUCAACUCCUGCUUUGGUAUUGUAUCAUUGAUCUCUCUGGCGAUCCUUUCGUAUGAUCGUUACAGUACUUUAACUGUCUACAACAAGAGGGCCCCAGACUACCGUAAACCACUGUUGGCCGUUGGAGGCUCCUGGCUUUACUCACUCUUCUGGACAGUUCCUCCUCUGCUGGGAUGGAGUAGCUAUGGACUUGAAGGUGCCGGCACCAGCUGUUCGGUUACAUGGACCGCCGACACCCCACAAUCACAUUCCUAUAUAAUCUCUCUGUUUGUUUUCUGCUUGGGAAUCCCCGUGCUGGUAAUGGUGUACUGUUACAGUCGGCUCAUUUGUGCGGUCAAACAGGUGGGCCGCAUCAGGAAGACGGCAGCGAGGCGGAGAGAGUACCACAUUUUAUUCAUGGUCAUCACCACAGUGGUGUGCUACCUCUUGUGCUGGAUGCCAUAUGGGGUAGUUGCAAUGAUGGCUACGUUUGGACAUCAGGGCAUCAUCACACCCAUUGCGAGCGUGGUGCCUUCAAUUCUGGCAAAAAGCAGCACAGUCAUCAACCCUCUUAUUUACAUCCUUAUGAACAAACAGUUUUACAGGUGUUUCCUCAUCCUUUUCCACUGCAAGCACAGCUUUCUAGAGAAUGGACAGUCCUCUAUGCCAUCCAAAACUACAGCUAUCCAGCUCAAACGUAGAGUUUACUGCAACAGAUUGGCUGGUGAUGCACCCCCUUCCGCUGACCUCAACCAACACGAAAGCAGUACCCCUGUCUCAGAAGGAACCAAUCCACCCUAAAUCACAAUUUGAUGUUCCAGUUCAACCCUGCCCCAUGACAUCAUGAAAUCUUUUCACAAAUGAUGAUGGGACAAAAUAAAUCUGUGUACUGUAGCAUUGCGUGAUGUAGCUUGAACAGUGACACACAUUUUCAGUGUUCGUACGUUAUGUGCUUGAUCCUGGAAUGCUGGACUGGUAGAACCUUGUCGAAGUAGAGGACCAUAGAGGUCGAAAGGUUUAAGGACACUUGACUGAAAUGUUUCAAAAGAUCAGUAUGGUUUAAAAAUCAUUCCAGCGUGAUACCUCAAGAAGCUGGUUGAUAAAAUCCCAAGAGUAAAUUUUAUAAAUUUAAAGCAGACGAUGGCUACUGUAAAACUGCUGUAAUAUAAGCAAAAUUCCCAGAGGCAAAUUCGUUUUAUAACAUAGUUAAUGAGUUAAAGUGGCAAUCCGUAACUUUAUUUUGUAGAAAUGAUCUAAAACCAAUUAUUGAGCAACUACAUGAAAGAAUGGCAUUUAAAACGUGGCAUUACCCUAAAUGGAUUCACCACAGAAAGCUUGUAAUAAUGGUUUGUAAUUUUCCUUGUCGGGUAGUGUUUCUCUGGAAAUCCUUAUUCGUGAACAGAAUGAAGAGGACCGGGCUGCUAGCCCGCAUGUGGAUAAUGCGGGUGACGGGUAGCAUUGAACACAGAAUUUUUUACUUCAAUUCUUUUAUUAUUAUUUAUGGCGCCUUUUAGAAAUUUGAUUUUCAACGCCAUGCAGUUCUUACAUCUGGGGGUCUGAUUGAGCAUUUACAAAGAAAAUGAGAAUGUGAUAGGACUCAGAAAACCAUAAUUACGGAGCCCGUAACCUGUCACAAGACCAUUUUAUAUAUAUAUCGUGGCCACAAAUUAUUUAUUUGUGUGAACGUUUUGCAUAUUCGUUACCUCGAUUAACGUAAAUCGUGCCCACGUUUUAUUAAUUCGUUCCCUCGAUUUACAUUAAUCGUGCUCACGUUGAAUUACCCAUGUGAUCCUUUUGUUUCCCUGUCUGUGGACAGUUCUUACAGCCCACCCUUAACUCCAUGCUCACGAUUUGUAAGUUUAUAAAAAUAAACAUUCUUAUCAGUUUACGCAAUAUAAUUUUGAAAAUCAAUAUAACACGAAGUAUAGCACAUAUUAUAUCCAAAUUGCAUAUUUGUAUAGCCCUCUUGCCCUCAAUAUGCGAUGCAGGUGCCUCUCUGAUAAGACGAUUCCUUGCAAUGCAAGGCUUCGGAGAAUGUCUCAAACCCAGCUCAAAAUAUAUAUCAAUUAUUAUUUUCUCUGUCCAUAACAGUUGCAAUGUCUAAAUUAGUAAAAUACCGAGGGUUUCAUUUAAUUGUGGGAACAAAUGAAUAAAACGUUAGCACGAUUAACAUAAAUCGAGGGAACGAAUUAAUAAAACGUGCGCGCGAUUUAUAUAUAAAAAAUGUCGUGUGACAGGUUACGGCCUCCGUACAUAAUUAAUAAUGUUAAGGCAUUUCAAAGAUUGAGUGAACUCCGGUUGCAGACAUGGCUUUAUUUCUUCUGAACAGAACAGGUAAGACAUUUCGCUAUUUCAAUAGAUGACGCGAAAAACCAUAGCACACUUGUUGUGCUAACACAAACGGGUACUGUUUUAUCGCUUGUUCUUUCUCUCUUUGGUAUGUUCAUUAUGAUAAAGGUAACUUAAGUCCUAUUUGCACAGGAUAAGUAUUAUCUGGGGACCUCGUGUUAUUUAGAAAUUACCUCCCCACAUCUGUAUUUCAUUUGGCGCACUCGCACAGGAUAAGUGAUCCUGCGAUUUCACUCAAAAUUAUGAUGACAAGGCUUUGCGUAUAGUUUAUGUAUAUAUAGUUGUGUUGUGUAUAGUGAUAUAUGACCGUACCUGUCAGCAUUUCAGACUUGUGAUCGCAUAUCUUCUGUACGAUUUGUGUUAUGGGACAUACAAGGCCACAUGUGACAUACGACUAAAUACAUCAGACUCAUCCGCGCAGUUGAGCAGUGCCGAAUCAUAACUCGCAUAAAGAAAAUCCUCCGAACAUCACUUGCAGUAGCAAUUACAAACUGAGACGGUGACAGAGAGGCCAUUCUUACGAACUGCCACUUUAAAGGAAAGGUCACCCAAAAAAGAAAAUUCUGUCAUGAUUUACUCAAGUUGUUACAAACCUGUUUAAAUUUCCUUGUUUGAUUGAACACAAAGAAAGAUUUUUGAGGCACCAUUGACUACCAAAGUAGAAGGAAAUGUUGUUGUUUUUUGUUCUUUCAAACACAAAAACGAGAUAUUUUUAAUAAUUUAGGGAAACAAACUAUUCUGGUGCACCUUCAACUACCAGUUUGUCUGUUUAACAAAAGAGAGAAAUGUAUACAGGUCUAAAACAACUUGAGGUUGACUGAUUCAUGACAGAAUUAAAAAUUCUGGGUGAACUCUCCGUUUACAAUUUUUCCAAAACGUGAAAAAAGUGUGGAAGUGGACUGUA